AAUAUUUCGUUCAGCUCAUGUUUUGCACGUAAAUUCAACAGUUUACCCUUUCGUGUUUUAAGUUGUCUCCCGUGACAGAGUCGGAAUAAUCUCGACAGAAACACGUGAGAAAGGUUGUUUGUUAGCUAGCUACUGUAGCCUCCUCGUCAGGACAGCAUGGGGCCCGUAAUAGAGCUCAUUGCUGGAAGUUACGAGCAGAUKGCCUUUGGUUACCGGUUGUCUACGGGUGAAGAGGUAUGAUGGACAGCCACGGCAGACUUCACCCACCAUGCCCACACUGCCUCAGUCUCUGCAUGCAUCACGACGGUAAGAGAUAUGACAUGAAGAAGAGGAAAUAGAACAUGGAGCUCUGCUGCAUCACACGUUAAGAGAUAUGACAUGAAGAAGAGGAUAGAACAUGGAGCUCUGCUGCAUCACGACGGUACCAUUUCUUGCCUGGAGUUCUAUGGCACCUCCCACCUGCUGAGCGGAGGACAGGACGGGCUGUUGUGUGUUUGGAGCACCAAGAACUGGGAGUGUCUUAAGUCCAUCAGAGCGCACAAAGGCCAAGUUACGUCACUGUCCGUCCAUCCCUCUGGGAAACUGGCCCUGACUGUCGGCACAGACAAGACACUCAGAACGUGGAAUUUAAUCGACGGAAGAUCGGCUUUCAUCAAAAACAUUAACAGAGUAAAUGCGGUGAUAGUGAAGUGGUCUCCCGAGGGGGAUAAGUAUGUGGUAGUGAUCGGCGACAAGGUGGACGUUUAUAACCUGGAAAAGCGACUGUUGACAUCAACCAUCAUCAGCCCCAAGAGGAUCUCAUCCAUCAAGUUUCUCCACUGUGAUGACUGGUUUGUUUGUCAUCAGAAUUCCAUCCUGGCCAUAGCGGGGGACGACGAGACAGUCAGGCUGUGUGACAUCAACACUCAGAAGGUGCUCUGUGAGUUUGAGGCUCAUGAYACCAGGGUGAAAUCAGUGGACAGUUUCACCAUGGACGACUUCUGUGUUCUGGUGACCGCAUCAAACGAUGGCUUCAUCAAAAUGUGGAAACUUAACCUUGAGUCCUUGGAGCCUCUGGUCCUCCUGGGGAAGGUGAAUACUACAGCUAGGUUGACGUGUCUGGCCGUGUGGAAGCCCACCACUCUACAGGAGCCUCCCCCGGAGGUCAAAACAGAACCUGCCACCUCUCACGACAUCAAAGAUAUACUGGCGCUUGAGAAGAAMAGGAAGAGGGUCAGGAUCUCGACUGUAGAAGUGGUCCAAGAGGAACAUGCUUCACCCAAGAAGAAAAAAGAUGGUGGGAAAAAAAAGCAGAAAACUUAAUAAAAAAAAUACUAUUUUAAAAUUGUAUUUUCAA